UUUGGUGACAAAGGUUGGAAAUUUAAUGCACAUAACUUGUUUGUUGAAAUGCCCCGCAAUUAAUUGCUGGUUUUGCGCGUGCUCUUCUUGUCUCUACUCAUGUUUCGUGUUUUGUAGUCAAAAGUGGUUAUAGUUGGCAGCUUUACUUUCCAGUUUUAGAUUCUUACAUUUGUCAGUGAAUCCCAGUUUUCAGAUUAGUGGGAAAGUUGUGAGCAAAGAUGUCAUCAUCUGAGAGUCCUUUGAGUGAUGAAAUGUCAAAGAAGAUCUCUUUGUUUGGUUUGACUGAUGUGAAGCUCUGGGUGUUGGUUUGUUUUGUGGUUGGCAUAUUCUUAGCAUUGGUUCUCUUCAUCUUAUACUUAUGGAUUGCAUUCCGUCGCAAAACUCAAAGAUCAUCUCAGAAGUUGUUACCUUUCAGUCAGAUACCACGUGUGGCGAAAGAUAUAAGGGUUGAUGAUAGAGUUAACCACAAUGAGAAUUUAAGUAUAACUGUUGUUGAUAAACAGAGUGAUAGAAACAACUCAGGGAAGAUGAUGGCUUACUUGGGAAGAACGAAGUCUAGUGAUAAUGAUAGUAUAAGUCAGUGUAGCUCUGUGCAUCAUCAUCAUGAGAGAGGUUAUAGUUCUCACUCCGGUGAAGAAGGAAGCUUUGGAACGGCGUGGAGACAAGGUUCACUUGUGACAGCGUCUCCUUUGGUUGGUUUGCCAGAGAUAUCUCAUCUUGGUUGGGGACACUGGUUUACUCUUAGGGAUCUUCAGCUAGCCACUAAUCGUUUUGCUCCGGAGAAUGUAAUCGGUGAGGGUGGUUAUGGUGUAGUUUAUAAAGGUACACUCAUUAAUGGUAAUGAUGUUGCUGUAAAGAAGCUUUUGAACAAUCUGGGACAGGCUGAGAAGGAAUUUAGAGUUGAAGUUGAGGCUAUUGGUCAUGUACGGCACAAGAAUCUUGUAAGGCUUCUAGGAUAUUGCAUAGAGGGUGUUCAUCGGAUGCUUGUGUAUGAGUAUGUGAAUAGUGGUAACUUAGAACAAUGGUUACAUGGAGACUUGGGGGAACAUAACACUCUCACUUGGGAGGCGCGGAUGAAGAUCUUAAUUGGUACUGCACAAGCGCUUGCUUAUUUACAUGAAGCUAUAGAACCAAAAGUAGUACACAGAGAUAUAAAAGCAAGCAAUAUCUUGAUUGAUGAUGAGUUCAACGCAAAGCUUUCGGAUUUUGGGUUAGCCAAGCUCUUAGACUCUGGUGAGAGUCACAUAAACACUAGAGUCAUGGGCACUUUUGGGUAUGUAGCACCUGAAUAUGCUAAUACAGGUCUAUUAAACGAGAAGAGUGACAUAUACAGCUUUGGUGUCCUGCUUCUAGAAGCUAUAACUGGGAGAGAUCCAGUUGAUUAUCAACGUCCAGCCAAUGAGGUGAAUCUAGUUGAGUGGUUAAAGAUGAUGGUUGGUACAAGAAGAGCUGAAGAAGUUGUGGAUCCAAAGAUUGAACCAAAACCAGCUACACGUGCCCUUAAACGUGCUCUUCUUGUUGCCUUAAGAUGUUUAGAUCCUGAAUCAGAGAAACGGCCCAGAAUGAGCCAGGUUGUGCGGAUGCUUGAAUCCGAUGAUCAACUUUUUCGUGAGGAGAGGAGGAGCAGAAAGAGUAGAACAGCGAGUAUGGAGAUUGUGGAGACCAUGGAGGAAUCAAGCAAACGGCCUGAGCACUUAGAGAACAACCAUACUACAAAACCUGAGUAGACUCAUGAAUAGUAGAUAACAUUUGAAUCAUACAAUUAUUGCGUUGAGUUAAUUAAUUGAGUUAUACAACAACAAUUUCGACAUCAUAGCAGCAGCACAUACUCAGUGUGAGUCAGCCGAGUGGUAAUGAGACCAAUACUCUUUCACAAGCUUACCAAACAAAGAGUUCUCAUUCUCCAUCAACUUCAUUGGCGUAUCAUACUCCACAAUGCGUCCUAAUAAGUUAAGCCAAGAUUCAAGAUUCAAGAUUCAGAGCAAAGAACUAUGUAAGAAGUUGAAGUGAUGCAACAACAAAGCUCACCGUCGCUUAUGGAGAGAACCAUUGUACAGUCCAUGACGGUGGGGAUACGGUGAGCAACGGUUAUGACAGUACAAUCAGCAAACUCUCGCCGUAUUGUUUUCUGAAGUAUCAAAUCUGUAGCGUUGUCUAUAGAGGCAGUUGCUUCGUCUAAGACCAAUACUCUACUUCUUCUCAAAACUGCUCUGCCUAGACAGAACAGCUGUCUCUGUCCCAUGCUCCAAUUCGAUCCAUCCUCAACAACUAAACAAUAAUACAUCAUCCUUGUCACCAAAAACAUCAAAGAAGCUUUGAGUAAUAAUGAAGGUUUGUGUUGUGUUGUG